AUGAAGCAAUGCUCAUCUAAGUCCGCGAAACCAGAGACAAAUCUUUCACAAUUCAGUGCCAAGGUGCGCCAAAGAAUCCGAGUGGAUUAUCAGAGUUCAGUUGAUGUCGACAAUCCGGUUCAAGUUGAUCACAUAGCGAACACGAAAUGGAAACGUGGCCAACUAUGCUGGGAGGCGAAGGGAACAUGUGCGCAAGAUUACAAGAAUAAAGAGACAGAACUAAUGAAAGAACUGAAUCAGUCACGACGAGAGUCCUUCAGUGAAGUUGCUGUAUCACUCUUUAUGGUCGGAAAGACGCCGCAGAAGGCAAAGCCCAUGAUCAUCAUCUCAAGCGAGGACAAGCGAUCACGCGAAGAGGCCGAACGCGCUAUCAAAAACAGCGGCAUUUUGAAGGAUUUGAACUAUGAGAUAGGAUUUCUGAAGUAUCUCCCGUCAGGUCCCAUCCACGCUGUUGCACGAUCGUCUAGUGAAGGUUCUGGUGACUCAAUAGCAGAUUCUUCCUUCUCUAGACCCGGAAGAUUGGAUUCGGAAAACAGGGAAGACACUAAAUCGAUUCUGCCAAGCCAACCAGGUGUCCCUGUCUCCAAAACAGCCUACUACGACCCAGAACAGCGGCUACAGACGACAGCGAUGUCAAUCCAUGUGAACACAGCUACCAAAAAAUCAAGAAUGGCAACCGGAAACUUGAUAUACAACGGCGCAACUUACAAAUAUCUUACAGUCGCCCAUGUUUUUAGCCCAUGGAAUCGCGACUCUCCUUCGAUCGAUAGCGGAAUAGACGAUCUCGGUAUACCGUUUGAUAGCGACAGUGAAGAAGAAGAAGAAUGCAACGAGAAGACUUCUUAUACUGCAGGCACAACACCAGUUUCACUAAAAGUCCCUGUGACUGCAUCGGCCAUGCCUUACGGAUCUCUUGAUAUCGCCAACGACCCACCAUCUGGACUACUCAGACUUGGAGAAUUAUCCACUGAUGAGGACCUCGAUAUUUCCACAGAUUGCGCUAUCAUCACUAUUAACGAUUCCAAAAUCCAACAAGAGCUUGUAGAUCUCGCCUCUUCAAACCGGGAAAAAGACGCUCAAUUACAUGCAGUUGAACCCAAGUCUUCUCCAGUCACGACAUGGACGAGGCGCGGUCCCAUCUCCGGUACCCUCAGGACUGUUCCGAAAAUCAUGAGUCUUUCAGGCAGUGAACGUUUUCAGUUGAUUCACGAACUUGCUCACGAGGGUGUGAUUGAGAAUGGUGAUAGCGGAUCGCUGGUCUCCGACAAGGCUGGCAGAGAAUUGUAUGGCAUGAUUAUUGCGACAUCUAAAAAUCGGAGCAUUGCCUAUGUUAUGGCAGCGAAAGAGCUUAUGUCCAGUAUCGCAAACGCUGGAGGGUGGAGAAUUAUGAGCCCUCGCAACGAUCAUAGUGAUACCAAUCAAAGUCGUGAGGCAAUAGCUUCCCAGACAGAAUACGAGCCAAAUUCCACGGUAUUGAACGAAGAUACUUCAAUGUGGGACGUUUACGAAUUGCCGGAUUCAAGCUUCCGGGUCAGAAAUCAGGCCUUCUUUAUAGAAGGAAGGAUGUUUGCUAUGCUUUUCAACGAAGCCGUCGAGGAUGAUUCUGCCGAUCUCUUGACUAAUCACUACGGCGAUGUGACUGGUCUAUACCAGUCCACUCGAGUAAAGCAUAGCGACAUAGCACCCGCUCAGGUGCGAAUUUUCAUCGUCGUGAAACGUAAAAGAGACUUCUGCUAUGCUGUUCCGGUUUCAACCUACGGCAAUCUUGCCACCACAAAGCCCGGCGUUUGGCCAGAGGCACAUGCCAUUGCUUACUCGUACGGAUGUGACCCACAAUUAGUCGCAGGCGAACAAGCACUCCAGAAACUUCCUAUCGCAGUUCAGAUGGCCAGGAACGAGAAGCCACUGGAAGUAGCCUCUAGGAUAUACUUCGGCAUCCAUUAUCCCAUCCAGUAUGGCGUCAAAGCCAAGGAUUUGGGCUGCGUACAUCCCGACUGGAUAGCCAGGUUUACCGAAUACUGGAAGAUGGAGAAUGAGGAUGUUUUCAAAAAUGGUCCCGAGGUCAUCGACGAUCCGAAAGGUCAGGAUGCUGAUUAA